AAGCGCAAUGAGUUCAGAAUAUAAACCCAGAUCCAAGCUUCUGCAUGCUGACAUUAUCAAAGAUUGUAAACAAACCAGUCCAGGACCUCCAACAAAGUAUCUUCUAAUGACAGAGAAAGAGAUUCUGCACGACAGUGAAAAUAUCAGGCGAUGGACUUUUGGUAAAAAGGACCCGAGCAAAAUGAACCGAACGAUAUUGAUGAUGGGAGAAACAGGAGCAGGAAAAUCAACCCUCAUCAAUGUGAUGGUGAACUACAUCCUUCGCGUUGAUUGGGAGGAUAAAUACAGAUUUGAAAUCAUUGCUGAUGAGAGUCAAAGUCAAACUAGGUCACAAACAACUGCCAUCACUGUGUAUGAGAUCUUUGGUCACGAAGGUGAUCACAUUCCAUUUUCUUUAACCAUCAUCGACACUCCAGGAUUUGGUGACACAAGCGGAAUAGAGCAAGACAAACUCAUCACAAAAAAUCUACAGGAGCUGUUUCAAUCUCCAAAAGGAGUCCACCACAUUGAUGCAGUGUGCUUUGUUGUAAAAGCUGCACAAGUGCGCCUCACACCUACACAGCUGUACAUUUUUGAUUCUGUCCUCUCAAUUUUUGGAAAGGACAUAGAAAAUAACAUUGUGGCACUCAGUACUUUUGCAGAUAGUGGGGAGCCUUUAGUCCUUCAAGCACUGGUAAUGGCAGAAGUUCCAUGUGUCAGAAAUGAACUUGGUACACCUGUUUACUUCAAAUUCAACAAUGUGUUUUCUGGUUUACAAAUGGAUGAAGAUGAUGAAGAACAUAACGAUGAAGAGGAUGAAGAGGAGGAGGAGGAGGAAAAUUAUGAGGUGUGUCAAUCAUCUUGGAAAAUGAGCAUGAAAAACAUGGCCAUGUUUUUUGAAUCACUAUGUACAAUGGAAGCAAAAAGCUUGGUAUUAACACUUCAAGUUUUAGAGAAACGCAAACAACUGGAAAUGGAAAUCCAGACAUUAACAAAGCAGCUACAAGUUGCAAUGCAGCGGGCAGAAGCACUGAGGAGGGUCAGCGACCAAUUAGAACAACAUGAAGAGGACAUGGAAGCCAACAGAAACUUCUCCAUUCUUUUAGAUGUAAGUCUGAAGGAGAAAUGUGCCGUAAACAAGAAGGCAACAAAUUGUAAUUCUUGCAGGGAAACUUGCCAUCACCCUUGCACAGAAUAUGUUGGGUGUACACGCAUGCAGCAAGACAGAUGCACCGUCUGCAUAAAGAAUUGCAGCUGGAACGAUCAUUGUAAAGAGAAGUUCAUUUAUGUCUUUAAAACAGAAGAAGGUGAAUCAACGUACCUAGACCUAAAGAGAAAGUAUGAAGAAUUGGAAGGUCAAUCGCUGACAGCAAAGAUGUUCCUCAUCAUCUUUUUGAAUGAACUUCACCUGCAACUCAUUGCCAGCUUCAUCUUAAUUCUUAAAAUAUACAGCAUUGUUCAAAAACUGGAUCAGAUCGCUCUGAGACCAAAUCCAAUGAGCUCAGCCAAAUACCUUGACCUCCUGAUUGAAAAAGCGCAAAGGAAUCACAACCCUGAGAGAGUCAAGACACUGACAGAUAUGAAAGAGCAAGAAAAGCUGAAGAAUAACUUUGCCAAUCUGGUUCAUGAAUAA